AUGGCAGCUUCACCCGAUGUUGUCAAAAAACCUGAAACUGUUGGUUUUUUAUUGUCUAUAGGCGAAAUUAUUUCGAACGAUCAAAAAGAUGAAAUAGUAGCUCAUGUUAAACAAGGUUUAAAUCUAGUCGAUGAAAAAUAUUUACCGGUUAAAAAAUUAUUUGACAAUUUAAUUGAUGAUCCACAAAAUGAAUUUAAAGCUGAUUCCCAAUAUCGUCAAAUAACAAGUAAUGAUAGUGGAAUAGCUGGCUUUUUAUAUUUACCAUCGUAUCAAACAUUUUGUAACGUGCUCAAAGAUUUAUUUUCACAUUGUCAAAAUGUGUGCAUUAUUUAUUCUGGUCAACAAUUAGAUACAAAUGGUUCAUUCGUCUUAUCUGAUUCAUUGUUUUCUUGUGAAAAUUUUCAAUCUUUAGAAGAGGUGAAUGGCUGGUCAGUGAAUGAACUACAACUGAUGAUGCCCUAUGUUAGUCAACAAUGGGCGAAAUUUUCAACAAAUUAUUUACAAAAACAUAUUCAAACUGUAUCCAUUGAAGAACUAUCAUCAAAAACAAAAGAUUCUACGGGGGAUUUUGGUGAAAAUUUUUACUCAAAAUUUUCUUCGAUAUAUACACAAAUUGAUUUAGAUCUGUAUUCUAAAAUGGUACCAUCAACCAGUUCGGGUACACUAGCAUUGGAUGAACCAAAUCUUUAUGUUUUAUAUGGACAACAGGGAGAAGCAUCCUUAUUCGGUAUAAGAGGAUUUGUUGUACUUAUUAAUGGAGGUUACAGUCGCUAUCCAUCCUAUUGGAAUUUAAUUCGUGGUAUUCAAAGUAUUGAUGCUUGUGUGUUAACUCAUUUUGAUCAUGAUGUUUUAUCUGGUCUGCAAUCGAUUUUACAUCGUAAAACUAUUGUAAGUCCUGAACAAAAAUCGAUUAAUCCCGAUAUUGGAGCAAUAUUUUUAAAUCAACAUCAAAAAACAAAAUUAUUUUCACAACAAAAUAAAUCAUCCGUUGGUAAUAAUAAUAAAUUACAAGUAAAUCUUAAUCAAAAUAUUGAUCAAUUUUUAUCUGAUAUAAAACGGUUACAAAUUGAAACAUUUGAUUUAUGUAAACCAAGUACAAAAGGACAGUUAGAACCAAUUAACUUAUAUAGAAAAAUUGCGUUCGGUUCACUCGAUUUAUAUCCGUUACAUCCGACAGCACAAUCCGAUGUGGAAAUAACAGCGUUGCAAAAAAUACUAAUAAAUGAUCAUCCACCAUCUUCCCACAUUCCUUCUCAUCAUUGGUUAUCUUCAUGUUUUCUAUUGGUUUGGUCACCAUCAAAAUCAAGUAAACAAGAUUACGUAAGAAUAUUAUAUACCGGUGCAUCUCCACAAACAGUGGUAUUUGAAGCAUUGCAAAAAGUAAAAUAUUUCGAGUUUUUACACGAACCAACGUAUCGAAAUAAAUCAGGAGUAACACCACAAGUACCAAAAGCACAGAAGGCUAAACAAGCACCGCCGCCUCCACAAGGUGCGGCAACUUCAAAUGCAGCAACUUCAAGUACAACAACUUCAAAUACUCAAAAAGAGGCAAAGAAUGAUCAAACAACAGUUCGUCCAAAAUCACAACAGCCAUCGUCAACCGCUUCCCCAGGAAAGUCGACAACGAAUGCGGGUGGUCAAAAGUCAAAACACGCUCCUCAACCUCCGUCGACAGCAACAAAAGAAAAACCUAAGUCGGCACCACUAACGAAACAACACUCAGUAACAGGAAAAUCAACAGCACCACCGGCAACACCGAGAACAACGAUAAUAAGUAAAAAACCAAAGGCCGCACCUUCAAAAGGUGCUUCGAAUGAGGCAUCAAAAUCAGAAAAAGAAUCGUCCUCAAAAGGAAGUCAAGGUGAUGAAGAUGGGGAGGAAAAAACAAGUGAACAUGAACGUGCAGAAGAAGAAGGUGAAGAUCAUGUCCAACAUGAAAAUGGUCAUUUAUUAACUCACUUAGCAUCCAGUGUAGCCGAUACAGCAUCCACUGUUGUUGAGAAAGCGUCAGAUGUCGUAGAAAAAAUAACAAAUGCAUUUACGACUAAUAAUGAUGAAAAAACUGAAGAUGAUGUGCAAGAACGUGCUAAUCAUGUCGAAGAAAGAGCACUUGAUAUUAAGGAAGACGCCGAAGAAAAUGUUGAAGAACACGAACAAGAAACAAGCGGCCAUCAUGAAGGUUAUACAUACGAUGAACGACAAGAACGGAAAUCAAUGAAACUAGAUCAACACAAUGAUCAAGAGGAUAAGAUUGAUUCAUUAGCUGAUCCUGAUUUAAUGGUACCAUCAAAAGAUUUUGGAAGAAAUGACGAAAAGAAUGAACAAACAUUAAAUGAGAGCAUAAUGAAACGUCCUGAAUCUGUUGGUUUUAUGCCGCAACCGGCGUCACAAACAAACACAGAAGUAAAUGAUACAUUCGUCGUAAGUGGCCCAACAACACCGUUAGAUGAGACACAAACGCGUCAACCUCAAGAUGUUAUGACAACAAGUUAUAUUGACGGCAAUAAUGUUCGAAAUCCAUUUGAGGAAAAUAAUCAUAAAGAUGAUAUUGAAAUUAUUCAUCAUGAUCUAUCGCAAAACGCAUCAGUUGCAAUGACAACUGAAGAUGUAUCAAAAAUAAAACCGUUAGGACUCCCAAAGCCAACGAAUGAACCAUCUCAAGCCACCACAACUACAACGACAACUUCGUCGAAAAAAGCACCGGUAACAACUAAGAAACCAGCUGGUACAAACGGACAUACGGCAAAUGGUGGUAGUAGUGCAGCUGCGUUGAACACAACAAUGGCACGGCCGUCGAAUGGCUCAAUAAAUACAGCAACUAAUCAGCAACAGCAACAGCGCAAGCAAUCAAAAUCGUUUUCACCAUCUGCACCCAUAUUUUAUGUUGACGUUGCUUAUAUUCCACAUCACGGAAAUGAAAAUUAUGUUGAUAGUGAAUUUUUUCGUCGUGUACGUGCAAGAUAUUAUGUUUUAAAUGCUGUACAAAUAUCGCGACAAACAUUAGAUGCUCUAGUGGAAGGAAAACAACAAUGGGAUAAAAAAGAUUUACAGGUUACUAUCGUUCCAACGUUUGAUGGUGAACAGUUACGUUUAUUUUUUGUUACGAAUAAAUCUCGUUUACAAGAAUUAAAUAUAAAUAUAAUGCCAGCUUCGACAAGAUGUAAUGUACAAUAUGAUGAAAAUAAUGGAUGUCCAGCUGUUCGAUUAAGAUUUCAAGAUCAACAACAAGAGCAUUAA